CGCCAAAUCGCAAUUCCAACAAUUUCAUGUCGCGAGAGUGUAUGUAGUUGUAUAGUUCAAUCGGAGGAGCGAUAUCACAAUCAGUUGAUAUUUGACGGUGAUUGUGUAUUGGACGACAGAAUUUAUUAGUUUCAAGAUCAACGUUGUGUGAGCAAGAAUCUUCUUUGCGAAUUAAAGAUCGGAACUCUCAUAUCACGCAAUUGACAAGGGGAACGCUCGACAUCGCCUCCGACUUGGUCUCCGUCUUCAUUGAACUACGGGACUGAGAAUUGUUAAUUGCUGUUGCGUACUACGCCAACAGCUGACCUCGGACUGGCUGUGAGACAUCAGAAUGGCAGACGUCGCCGUUAAUCUCAUAAUAAAGGCACCGAAUCAGCAGAUCAAGGAUCAAGUGGUCAAAUGUGAUCUCGGCUGGACCAUCGGCCGUUUGAAGGAAUACUUGUCCGAGGUCUAUCCCAGCAAGCCAGAAAGUUCACAUCAAAAAUUGAUCUAUUCCGGUCAAUUAUUGAAUGAUUCUGCACAAUUGAAAGAUAUCUUAAGACAGUGCGAUGGUUCGGGGGAUCAAGCAUAUACUGUUCAUUUAGUCUGUACUCCGCAAAAAAUAUACACAGCUAAAGCUACAUUGGAUCAAAAUCAAUUGACCGGAAGAAAUGUGGAUGCUGCAUCUAUACAGAGAAACGUUCAUAUCAGAAAUAACAAUGCUCAGAACCAUGAGAAUACUAAUGUUACUAUGUCUCAAUAUUUACCUAGACAAUACCUUGAUCCUCGAAAUAGCCAACAGUUAGCCUGGAUGCAACAGGCAUAUACACAUUAUUUUACACAGUAUAUGCAAUUAAUGGCAGCGCAAGGUGUACAGUUGCAGGCCAGUAUUCCAUAUCUGCAGCAAAUGAAUAUUAAUACGAGCGAUAUGGCUCAACAUACAUACAUGAGUAACAAUAACAACAAUGUCGGUGAUGAACAACCUCAACAAGCGGCUCAAGACGCAGCCGAUAUUAAUGUGGGAAAUAACGGCGCGGCCGAAGAUGCUGCGUUUAACCGCGAUUGGUUAGAUUUCUUCUACAUGUUGUCUAGGAUCGUCGUUUUAUUUGGUAUAGUGUAUUUCUAUUCGUCCCCUCUCAGGUUCCUCAUUGUCACAUUUUUGGGAUUUGCGAUAUAUCUAUAUCAGGGUGGUUUCUUCAGGGUACAACCAAUCUUAUUGGCUGAAAAUAACAACGGACGCGCUGACAACAAUAAUCAAGUCUUGCAGAACGAAGCAGUGGGUCCUCAGGUUGUGCAACAACAGCAAAACGCUCAAGUGCCAACCGUGCAACCGGAAGCAAGAACGAAUGCCAAUGAGGAGAACGAGGAACAACGGCCAGGCGCUCUUGCUUUCACUUGGACCUUCUUUAGUUCGUUUUUUGCAUCGCUUAUUCCAGAUCAGCCAAAUGUCAUUUAAUUUUGCCUAGAUAUUCCGUCAUAAAAUUGACUUUUUCUUCUAUAUUCAUAGAGACUAGAAAAUAUGACUUUGUCACGGUAUAUAUCAGAUUUUAAAAAUAUUUAUUAGUUUGUAGAGUCUGAAGUACUUAAAUAAAAUAUGAUGUUUGAGGACUCCACGAAAUUGUCAAACAAGAGAAUGUGUAAUAGGUAUAUUGGGAGUCAACGCUAAUUAAUUUAUUUAAAAAACCUUUAUUCAUGCGUUGUUAAACGUUCCAAAAUGAAUUAAUGAAUGAACUAUGAAACUUGUGAUUGAUUCAUGUAUUCCUAUGAAUGUAAUGAAAGUAUGAUCAGUUUUACAAUACCUAAGGAUUUUGCAUCUAAUUCGAAUAUAUAUACAUAUAAAUGUUCACAUAUAUAUUGAUAAUCAACAUACGCUUAAGAUUGACAAUUAUCGUGGAAAACUAAUUUCACGUGUAAAGAUUAUAUAUGUGUAUCGGUUUAACUUGUUGAGAGAAACUCACAAUUCAUGAAAUAAACUAAUCACGUUAGAUCUUAUAGAUAUAUUAAUGCUAAUUUUUUUCUGGAGAAAGAUUGUUAGAGUUACUAUCCCAAAGCUAUUAGAUAUAAAUGUAUAACAUUUUUUUAUGUUUAUAGAGUAUAAAAAUAUAAAGGUACAACGAGAGAGAGAUAAAUAAUCAUGUAUAUAUCUAUAAAAAAUAUAGGUUUUGUGUAGAACUUGAAUUGUAUAAAGUUAUAUAAAAUGAGGUAAUAAUAAUAAUAAUAAUAAUAAUAAUAAUAAUAAUAAUAAUAAUAAUAAUAAUAAUAGACACUUGAUAAUUUUCUUAAAGUCGCACAUCACUUUUAUAUAUAUGCAGCAAUAAUAUAUUAUUUGAGGAUAAUUUCUCUGUGAUGUUUAAUAUGGUCGAAUAUAUCCAGUGUGAUAUCCGUGUAUAACAUUGUGGUGGACAUUCAUAUAUAUAAUAUUGACAUACAGAUAAGAAGUGGAAAUAUGUGGAAUUGCGAAAUUUCUGUAAAUUUUCUUAAAUAGAUCUAUACCAAGAGCGUCGAUGAAAUAAAAAUGUAUGAGAAGCAAAUAAAA